AUGCAUCUCUCAGCCCUCGCAGCAUCAUCGCUCCUCGCCGGCGUGGCGUAUGCCUAUGGCGCCCCAGGCACCUGCUCCGGCGCCUGCAACAUUCACGAUCCAGCUUUGAUUCGCCGCGAGUCCGACGGGAAAUACUUUCGCUUCUCGACGGGAAACCGCAUCUCGUAUGCCUCUGCGCCGGCAAUUGGGGGACCCUGGACGGUGCUGGGUUCCAUUCUCCCGGAUGGUUCGUCGAUCAAUCUUCCAGGGAAUGAUGAUCUCUGGGCCCCCGACGUCCAAUACGUAGACGGCACCUACUACGCCUACUACUCCGUCUCAACCUUCGGCUCCCAAAACUCCGCAAUCGGCGUCGCAACCUCUCCCAGCAUGGACCCAGGAACCUGGACCGACCGCGGCAGCACCGGAAUCCGCUCCGACACUUCCAAAAACUACAAUGCAAUCGACGGCAACCUCUUCUAUGACACCGCCAGCAGCACAUACCUCAUGUCCUUUGGCUCAUUCUGGGGGGACCUGUACCAAGCCCCCAUGAAAAACCCGCCGACAUCCGUAGCGGGCGCGAGCUACAAUGUUGCGUUUGAGCCCGAGGGCGCGCAUGCGGUUGAGGCGGCGUACUUGUAUAAGUACGGUAGCUGGUAUUAUCUUUUCUAUUCGGAGGGGAGUUGUUGUGGGUAUGAUGCCAAUAUGCCGGCUGCUGGGGAGGAGUAUAAGAUUAAGGCCUGUCGGUCGAGUUCGCCUACUGGUGGUUUCGUCGACGCAAACGGCGUCUCCUGCACCGCGGGUGGCGGUACGGUCGUCCUGGAAAGCCACGAUAAUGUCUAUGGACCUGGUGGACAAGGCAUCUUCACAGACCCGACUCUCGGCCCCGUGCUGUACUACCACUACGUCGACACGAACAUCGGCUACGGAGACGGGCAGAAGCUGUUUGGCUGGAAUGUCAUUGAUUUCUCGAGUGGGUGGCCUGUUGUUUAG